AUGGGUUUAACAAAGCAAUAUUUAAGAUAUAUUCCAGGAGGUAAUUUUAAUAUAAUUACGAGUCAUCCAUGCAACACUUGUUUCGUUACAUUGGAAGGACAAGAAGGAAGAUUUAUAGCAGUAGGAGGCUGUGAACAUAUUAUAAUAUGGGACUUACGAUUAGGAGAAAAGGCCCAAAUAUUAUCGGGAGAAAAGGCUGUGGUAACGGCAAUAUGUGCGAGUCCCAACAAACGACAUCUUGCAGCAGGUUACUCGGACGGGAUUGUUCAAAUUUACGAUUUGAAAUCCUCGGAUGUUAUCAGCGUAUUUUCAGGACAUAGAACAGAAGUUACAACGUUAGUUUAUGAUAGUUUCGGACACAAACUAGCAUCAGGAUCUAAAGAUACCGACAUUAUAGUUUGGGAUACAGUCGCAGAAGUAGGUUUGUGUAGACUAACUGGGCAUAAAGGACCUGUUACAAAACUUCAAUUCAUGAAGAAUCAGCAGAUACUUAUCUCUAGUUCGAAGGACACAUUCGUUAAAUUUUGGGAUUUGGACACCCAGCAUUGUUUUAGAACCCUCACCGGUCACCAAACGGAAAUUUGGUCGAUUGCCUUAAUGAAAGAUGACCAGUUUCUAGUAACAGGAUGCGGAGACGCCGAAUUGAGAGUAUACAAACUCUCAUUUAGAGAUCCUGAUAAAGAAAACAAAAACCCUUUAGAAAACCUAACGACUCGAUUAGAAAUAACCUCGCUGGAAGACGAAGAUGACAGUACACACCCGUUACAAUGCAACAAAGCCGGUGCUUUACUCAGAGGCGGAAGAGGCCGAGUGAUAUCCAUGUUCAGCGACGCCAGCGGUCAGAUUCUCGGUUGUCACGGUACCGACGCGCAAAUCGAGCUAUUUCACUUCCUCUACGAUGACGAAGCCCAAACGCGCUUGAAAAAACGCCUGAAAAAAGAGAAAAAGAAGGCCCAGUCGGAGGAAGGCACCGCGGACGAACCGCAGAAUGCGGAGCUUAGUUUGCGCGACGAAGUGAAACGUUUACCAUCGAUCAAACUGAGCGAUAAACCGAAAUGCUUCGAUUUAGUGUUGGGUAACGGCGGAGAGUUGCGCGUCGCUGUCGCUCUUUGUAACAAUUCGAUAGAUCUUUUUACUGCACAGUCGUCGAAGAAGGAUUCGGAACCCCAGAAAUUGAGGUCUAUUUUGAACCAAGGGCAUAGGACGGAGAUCAGAUCGGUGGCUUUCAGCAGCGAUAAUUUAGCUGUGGUUUCUGGAAGUGCAGAGUCCGUUAAAUUGUGGAAUAGACCUUCGCAGGUUUGUCUAAGAACAAUUAACACCGAUUACGUGUUAACGACUGUUUUUGUACCUGGUGAUCGACACGUAUUAGCUGGUUUGAAAAACGGGAAACUUUUAAUCAUAGACAUAUCCAUCGGGGAAAUUUUGGAGGAAAUUCCUGCACACACUACUGAAUUGUGGACAGUUACUCUAACUCCUGAUUUGAGAGGUUUCGUUACUGGCGGUGGCGAUAAUACAGUAAAGUUUUGGCAAUUCGAGCUGAUAACAGACGAAAAAAGCGAAUCCAAAGCUAAAGUUUUAUCCGCUGUACACACAAGAACCUUGAAACUAGAAGAUACUGUGUUAUGCUUAAAAAUAUCUCCUAACGGAAAGUUCAUAGCCGUAGGACUAUUGGAUACUACUGUUAAAAUAUUCUUUGUGGACACAUUAAAGUUCUAUUUGUCUUUAUACGGCCACAAGCUGCCGGUUUUGUGCCUGGACAUAUCGUCGGAUUCCACGUUGAUAGCAACCGGUUCUGCGGAUAGAAACGUGAAAAUUUGGGGAAUGGACUUCGGCGAUUGUCACAAAAGUAUAUUCGCGCACGACGAUUCCGUCACAAGCCUUCAAUUCGUGCCGAAAACCCAUUAUUUUUUCACGUGCGGCAAAGACGGUAAAGUUAAGGAAUGGGACGGUGAUUCGUUCGAAAAGAUUAUAACUCUUCAGGGACAUGUUGGUGAAGCUAGAGCUUUGGCGGUUAGUCCGAACGGUCAGUUUGUUGUAUCUUGUGGUGCUGAUAGGGUAUUAAGGUUGUAUGAAAAGUCGGAUCAAAUACUGGUAUUAGAAGACGAGCAAGAAGAAGAACGAGAACAGCAGGAGGAAUUAGCGACUGGCGAACAGACGGUAAUUCCAGGACAGCCCGGUUUGAAUUUGCCUUCUAAGAAGACGAUCGGUAGUGAGAAAGCGGCGGAAAGUAUUCUCGAAUGUUUGGAAAUAUGCGAAAAAUAUAAAGAACAGUUAGCCGAGCAUGCGGCCCAUCAAGCUGCUUCUAGUCAGACUUUACCUAUUCCGAAUCCACCACCUUUAAUGAUGGCUCUUCAAGUUUCGACUCCUGAUGAUUUUCUAUUGGAAACAUUAAAACGGAUCAGACCUAGCGAUUUGGAGGAAGCGUUACUUAUACUGCCAUUUGCAGCAGUAUGUGAUAUCCUGCAAAGUUUGCCCAAUUUGAUGCUGAGAGGAGACCAAACCGAGCUUGUUUCUAAGAUAUCCUUGUUUUUGUUGAAAUUACAUUACGCUCCUAUAAUCGCCAAUCAAACGCUUCUUGAAACACUCGAGAAGCUAUUGAAAUUCGGCAACGAAAGAGUUAAGGAACUAAGGGAUUUGAUCGGCUACAAUUACUACGGCAUGCAGUUUAUUCAAAGAGAAGUGGAAUCGGCCGAAGGGGUGCAGUUGUUCAGAGAUGCUACAAUUGAACACAAGAAAUCGAACAAAAAGAGAAAGCAGAGGGAGAAAUUAAAACGAUCAAUUAUGGUGUUGAGUUAG